AUGGGUGACUUUACUGGAAUCAGCAAAUCGAGUGUUUGCCAUAUUAUUCAUCGGACUUCCAGGGCUAUUGCGAGUUUACGUAGGUAUUACAUCAGAUUUCCAACAACUCCUGCAGCCAUAAGGCAGAUUCAAAAAGAAGAUUUUCAUCGAGCUGGAUUUAUACGUGUUAUUGGAGCUAUCGAUUGUAUGCAUGUUAGAGUUAGAUCAUACGCGAUAGUCAAUUCACGUCUUCAAAUUAUGGAUCUAGUUGCGCGAUGGCCGGGAUCUACUCAUGAUUCUACAAUUUUUGAUCAUUCAUUAAUAAAAUAUCGCUCUGAAACUGGAGAAUUCGGAAACUCAUGCUUGGUAGGAGACUGUGGAUACCCUGCUUUGCCAUAUUUGAUGACUCCAUUAAUAAAUCCAAGAACUGCUGCAGAACAAUUAUACAACGAAUCCCAAAUAAGAACACGAAAUAUGGUUGAACGAUGCUUCGGCAUUUGGGGAAAAAUUUUUGCUGUGUUGACUAUUGGCUCACGUUUUUUCAAUGUUGAAUCAACAUUACCAGUUAUAGUUGCAACAGCAAUUUUAUAUAAUCUCCGUAUGUCAGUGAAUCCUUCUCCUUGCUUGGUACAAAAAAAUGGUGCUCAUGAAGAGGAAGAAAAUACUGAAGACGAGUGUGAUACUGAUGAUGGAUUGUAUGUAAAAAAUGAGAAUAAUAGCUUCGUAAAUGACAGCAGAUCACUAAAAACAUCUUAUAAAGCUAGAGUAGACCUCGAAAAUCAAGUCUCUAUGCUUGAAAAGGACUUAAAAAGUGCAACAGAAGUUGGAUUAGAACUAGAGUGCAUGCUGAGGGAACUUCUAGCUAUUAAAAAUGAAGAGAAUAAUCUUGCAAAGACUGUUUAA